CUCAACGUCAUGGACGCCGGCGGGAUGUCUGGGUUCCUGCCGACGGCGGCGCUGGUGGAGUCUCUCGUGCACACCGCCCGUGAGGUCGCCGCGAUGGAGGAGCUCCCUUUCGUCCAGAUGCGCAAUGUCUCGUCGGCUGUCCGGCGCACGAAGCUCCUCUCAUCGCUCUUCGAUGAGAUCCGGGACGCCGGCGGGCCGUUGCCACCGUCUUCGAUUCUUUGCCUCACUGAGCUUCUCUCGGUGAUUCGGUACACCAAGGGUUUGAUAGAAUGCUUGGCCGGAGGGAGCGCGCUGUGGAGCUUGGUGCAGGCGGAGCCCAUAGCGCGCAAGUUCCACGCCGGCGCGAGGGAGCUCGCGCGCGCGCUUGAUAUCCUUCCGCAUAGUCUGAUUGGCUUGUCCGGCGAUGUCAGCGAGCAAGUGGAGCUCCUCCAUAAGCAAGCGAAGCGCACGGAGGUGUUCCUUGAUCCGCGAGAGCUCCGGAUGAGAGACGAGCUUCUCCAAUUGAUGGCCAUGGAGCGGAGCAAAGCCGGCGGAGAUCGGAAGAAGAUGGAGGAGAUCAUGUUCAGCAUCGGGUUGCGGAGCGCGGUGGAUUAUCAAGAAGAGAUAUCGAGAUUGGAGAAUGAAGCUCGGAAACAGGCCGGCACCGGCGGGAUCGUCGCCGUCUCCAACAUCAACAUCCUUAUAUCCCUCGUCUCCUCUGCUGGCGAGGUGAUUCGAUCUCCGGCGGUGCAUCAUCUCCGGCCAUUGCUCUCCUUCCCGAGAGGCCUUAACCGGUCUGUAUCCACCCCAUCGUCGUUCAACUCCAUGGUCUUCAACGUCCCCGAUGAGUUCCGCUGCCCGAUCACCCUCGAUCUUAUGCGAGAUCCGGUGAUCGUCGCCUCCGGUCACACCUACGAUCGGAGCUCCAUCGCCCGGUGGAUCAACUCCGGCCACCAUACUUGCCCUAAAAGCGGUCAAAGGCUCAUACACAUGGCGCUCAUCCCCAACUACGCACUCAGGAGCUUGAUCACCCAAUGGGGCAAGGAGAACAACGUCCCCUCCUCCUUCUGGGACCGUGACGCCGGCGCCGGCGGCGGUAGCCAUGGGAGUUCCACUGCCAAUGCAGACAAGGUGUUCGAUCAUUUGUCUGCAACAAGAGCAGCUACUGAAACUGUGAGAAUGACUGCAGAAUUCUUGGUAGGAAAGCUGGCAAUGGGUUCUCCGGAGAUUCAAAGACAAGCUGCAUACGAGCUGAGAUUGUUAGCGAAAACGGGAAUGGACAACCGACGAAUCAUCGCCGAAGCCGGCGCCAUUCCGUUCCUAGUCACAUUGCUCGGCUCUCGCGAUCCCCGGACACAAGAGAAUGCGGUGACUGCAUUGCUUAACCUCUCUAUCUUUGACAACAAUAAGGUUCUUAUAAUGGCUGCUGGUGCUCUUGAUUCUAUCAUCGAAGUGCUUUGCUCAGGAGCAGCUAUGGAAGCUCGAGAGAAUGCAGCUGCGACGAUCUUCAGUUUGUCAAUGGUGGAUGAAUGCAAGGUGACGAUUGGGACGAGGCAAGCGGUGAUAACAGGGCUCGUUGAUUUGCUCCGUGAAGGGACGGCAAGAGGGAAGAAGGAUGCAGUUAGUGCAUUAUUCAACAUUGCUGUUUAUAAUGCGAAUAAGGCACGGAUAGUAGCGGCCGGAGCGGUGGCGGUGCUGGUUGAGCUUUUGACUGAUGAUAAGGCGGAGAUAACGGAUGAUGCGCUUGCGGUGCUUGCACUUCUUUGUAGCUGCCCGGAAGGGUUGAAGGAGAUGGGAGAGAGGAGAUGAUUGGUGCCAUUGCUGGUUGAGCUGAUGAGGUUUGGGUCUGCAAAGGGGAAGGAGAACUCCAUCACUCUUUUGCUUGGAUUGUGUAGAGAUGGUGGGGAGGAGAUGGGGAGAGCAUUGUUGAUGAAUCCAAGAAGUGUUCCUGUUCUUCAGAGCUUGGCUGACAAUGGAUCUGCAAAGGCUAGAAGGAAGGCUGAUGCUCUUCUUAGAUUGCUGAACAGAUGUUGCUCUCAGGCAUACACCACUACUUCUCAUGUUGGAUGAACCUGUUACAUUGUAAAUCAGUUGAGUGUUGAUAGUGUUUGUUUGUUUGUUCAUGGUGUAAUUAGCUUUGCAGCAAAGUUACAAUCCAAUGCCCAAUGGUGGCUCUGUUGAUGUUGAAUGAGUGUUUGUGUAUACCCAUUUCCACUCUCGUGGAUGUUAUGUGAGUGAUUUCAUUUGCA